GGUCUCUCUUGCUCACUGUGAGAGCCAAGUGCCUCACUGAAAACCAGUGAGCUGGGACUUAAGUGGCCUCUGAUCUUUCUCACUCUUUUUUCCCCACAAUUCCUCUCUUUUCGUGUUCACGUUUUCCAAGGAAGAGGCAUUUUCACGGACAGCUCUGGAACGGUAUCUUUCUGAGGAGGCAAGUGCUUGGCUGUAAUAUUUCAUUGCAGUCAUGGCCCCUAAGAAGAAGAAUGUGAAAAAGAACAAAGCAGAUAUCAACGAAACAACUAUCAUUGUGGAAGAUAGCCCGCUCAGUAAACUACAUGGCUUGAAUGGACUCUUGGAAGGAGGAAAUGGUUUCAGCUGCAUCUCAUCUGAGGUUUCUGACCCAUCAUACUGCCCAAACCUCUUGGAAGGUCUAAGCAAAAUGAGACAAGAAAAUUUCCUUUGUGACUUGACUAUCAGUACCAAAACCAAAUCUUUCAAUGUUCAUAAGGUAGUGAUGGCUUCAAGCAGUGAAUACUUUCACAACAUCUUAAAGAAAGAUCCAUCCACUCAAAGAGUGGACCUCAAUGAUGUGUCCCCAGUGGGUCUAGGUACUGUUAUCACCUAUGCUUACACUGGAAAACUUACUCUCUCACUUUACACAAUAGGUAGUAUUAUUUCCACAGCAAUUUAUCUACAGAUUCACACCCUUACGAAGAUGUGCUGUGAUUUUCUAGUCCAAGAAAUCAGUGUUGAGAACUGUAUGUACAUUGCCAAUAUUGCAGAAACAUACGGACUAAAAACAACCAAGGAAGCAGCGCACAAAUUUAUUAGAGACAACUUCAUUGAAUUUUCAGAAACUGAUCAGUUCCUAAAACUUACUUUUGAUCAGAUUAAUGAACUUCUUGCAGAUGAUGACUUACAGUUGCCUUCUGAAGUUGUUGCAUUCCAGAUUGCAAUAAAAUGGCUGGAAUUUGACCAAAAAAGAGUAAAGUUUGCUGCCAGCCUCUUAAGUAACAUCCGUUUUGGUACCAUCUCAGCCCAAGACCUUGUCAAUUAUGUUCAAACUGUGCCAAGAAUGAUGCAAGAUGCAGACUGCCACAAGCUCCUAGUGGAUGCCAUGAACUAUCACUUGCUUCCCUAUCACCAGAAUACACUUCAGUCCAGAAGAACAAGGAUCCGUGGAGGUUUCAGAGUCUUAGUUACUGUUGGGGGACGCCCUGCUUUAACAGAAAAGUCUCUUAGCAGAGACAUCUUAUACAGAGAUCCUGAAAAUGGAUGGAAGAAGCUAAGUGAAAUGCCUGCUAAAAGUUUUAAUCAGUGUGUCACAGUGAUGGAUGGAUUUCUCUAUGUGGCUGGUGGGGAAGACCAGAAUGAUGCCAGGAACCAAGCCAAGCAUGCAGUCAGCAAUUUCUGCAGAUAUGACCCUCGUUUCAAUAGCUGGAUUCACUUGGCGAACAUGAAUCAGCGGCGCACCCACUUCAGCCUGAAUGUCUUCAAUGGGCUCCUCUUCGCGGUGGGAGGCCGCAACUCCGAGGGCUGCCUCUCCUCUGUCGAGUGCUACGUGCCUGCAACUAACCAGUGGCAGAUGAAGGCCCCGCUGGAGGUGCCGCGGUGCUGCCACGCCAGCGCCGUGGUGGAUGGCCAGAUCCUGGUCACGGGAGGUUACAUCAAUAACGCUUACUCUCGCUCGGUGUGCAUGUACGACCCCAGCAAAGAUAGCUGGCAGGACAAGGCCAGCCUCAGCACCCCGAGGGGCUGGCACUGUGCAGUGUCCCUUCUGGAGAGGGUCUAUGUCAUGGGUGGGUCUCAGCUGGGGGGGCGAGCAGAGAGGGUUGAUGUUCUCCCUGUGGAGCGGUACAGCCCGUACACAGGCCAGUGGAAUUACGUGGCGCCGCUUCAAACCGGAGUUAGCACGGCUGGCGCCUCCACUCUCAACGGGAAAAUUUACUUAGUGGGUGGCUGGAAUGAAAUAGAGAAAAAGUACAAGAAAUGCAUUCAGUGCUAUAACCCAGAUCUCAAUGAAUGGACAGAGGAAGAUGAGCUGCCUGAGGCCACUGUGGGCGUAUCUUGUUGUACUAUAUCCAUGCCCAACACCAAGACGAGGGAGUCCAGGGCCAGCUCAGUCUCUUCUGUCCCAGUCAGUAUCUAAAGACAGGUCUAACCAGCAAUAAGUAAAAAUGUUUACCAGCACGGCAAUAUAAUUAACCCUUUAAGUAGAAUUUUUGUGCUUAUAUAGAAAAAAAAAAUCAUUGGCUUUGCAAAUGUGCUUUGUAACAGUGCAAACUGGCCAGUUUUCGUGAACUUUAGUACAGGUGGCAUGAAACAGCACAUUAGGGAUAAGGUCAAUUUUCUUAGCAGGAAAAGAGAGUUAACCCAUAACCAGAGAAUUUAAUUCUCUUCCUGACUUUGCCACUGACUUACAAUACCAUCUGUGGCAAAUCAUUUAAUUUCUUUAUGCCUUGGUUUCCUUACCUGUAAAAUUGAGAUAAACUUGCUUCAGAAGAUUGUUAUGAGGUUUUUUUAACAGUAAUUUUUAAACACUUUCAGAACCCAAAAUGAAAGUGAAAUAUGACUAGUAAUAAAUCUCAAUAUAAAUCAGCAAUGUGCCAUGUCAUCAUAAUAUUGAUCAGUUUUGUUGUUUUCUAAGCAUUUUCUGUUUUCACAAACAGAAGGGGAAAAAAGGCAAACCAAAAAUACCACACAUAGCAUGUGCACACCUUUCCUUUUGCGCAGUGGUAUUCACAAAAACUUCUCAAAGCAUUUUCUCCUUCAGAAGGUAGAAAGAGUUCCUCAUAUUCUGCCAUGAAACCCUUAAAUUCCUGUAUCAAAUGCUGUGACAUGGCUUUCAAGAUCUGAAUCCACAAAAUACUUUAGCUCCCAUAAGCACUGUGGGCCAGCCCCAAGGGGCUACUUUGGGUGCUGGGUGGCUCUCCUGACCUCCAUGUACACCAGGCAACAUCACCUCAUCCUCCUCCUCAUGCCAGGGAGACAUCCCUCUCAUUCCAGGUGGAAAAAUCUGGAAGCUGAGUUCAUGCUAGGAGACACCAAGGGCUAAUGGCAUCUGAACAUGGGGAAGAUGCACAGACCAAACUCCCUUACAUUACCCCAGCAAAUAACCAGUGGAAUGAGGAACAAAGAUGGAAUAAAGACUUCAGGAUCUGCCGUUUAGAAUUUGUGUGGGAAAAGAGGAAAUCAUGGGAAAACUCCCUUAGCAGAAAUAUAGAGAUACCUUAACAUCUUUCUUGCCAGAUGUAGGCACAACAACACCCAAAGUAACCUUCUGGGUGACAUAAUGCAUCUCCUUCUGAAGCCUCCAUUAGAGCCCUUCCUAGGGAGAUUUCAUUCAUAUUAUUCCAAAGGCUAGACGAAUGCUCUUCGUGUUGAAGUUUUCCCAGGAGUCUUCACUCAACUUAGUUUGCCUCCAAGAACUUUUCUUCCUGAUUUCAGCAUGAGGUGAGGGAAUUAAGCAUGAAACCUAAUCCUAUUCCCAUAGCCAAAGGGAUAUGCAGCCCAUCAUUCCCGUGAAGAUUUGAUAUCAAAGGACUGCUGUCUGCACAAGAUGUCUACAUCAGCAUGAAAUGUCUGCAUCCUUCUUUUGGGGAGGAAAGACAGAAUACAAGGAAUUAAAAUUACUUAUUAUAACCAGAAGGGUACUCACCUUAACCUAUUCAUGGAGGCUUCACAUUCAGUUUCCUCAGAUUAUCACUGACAGCUCCAGGCUUCAGUGCCAAUGAGAAGCCAUGUUCUUAGCAACGCUUAUAAGGCAGACAAAUUUUUAUCUCAUUUGCAAAAAGGGAACACUAUAAAAUUGUCUGUCAGUGCAGAUAUUGUUGAGACAAGCAUUUUCAGGACCCAAGCUCUUUGUAGCUUUGUGAAAGCUGCAUAUUGAGGAUCAGCAUGAGCAUGACAUGGUAUAAGAGAUGAAGUAAUUCACUCUGUCAGUUGGGAUUAAACUCCAUGGUACUUGGUCCUGUUUUCCAGUUCUAACUUAGGGUUCAUCUUUGCAUCCUGAAUACACAAUUUUAAGUUUGAAAUUGUAAUUUUGAGUACUGCAUAUUAUUAGAAUAU